CUAUAUUUUUCGCAACGAGUUUGUCUUGUCAUGAUAACGCUAUACACAUAGAGGUCGCUGUAAUAUGUGGGUGUUGAAAUGGCGACAAAUGCAGAUAAGAAACUUGUACGAUCGAAGAGUGGACUACGUAUAGUAGCAACCUCUGAAGAUGGUCGCAGUCCUUUUGAGCUGUAUGAACCUCCAUGGGUUCCAGACAAAGAGUGCCACGAGUGUAUGAAGUGUUCCGCAAGAUUUGAUUUUAUGAAAAGAAGGCAUCACUGUCGGAGGUGUGGCAAAUGCUUCUGUGACAAAUGUUGUACCAUCAAGAUUGCUCUGCCACGCAUGUGUUUUGUUGACCCAGUACGUGUUUGUGACACAUGUGCAGCAGUUACACGAAAGGAAAAUGAGUUCUUUGACAAACAUUUAAAAACUUUAACUAAUGGUGCUGAUUUUUUUCUCAGUGGAUCAACAAUUGAAGAAAAUAAUGAAGAAUUAUUUUUCUGCAAGAUAUCACAGGACCAAAGGACACUGCAGUUUGAGGGAGAACACGGAAAACAUGAGCCUGUAGAGCUGAGCAAGGUGGACUCCGUACAAAUUUUAACUUCAAGUGCAGAUGACCAAGCAAGCCCCAUUGCCAUCGGGUUAUCUAUCAAAUAUAAAGACCGUCAAUCGGACCAACAGUUUCUUAGGAUGUCAAUUACCAAUUUACCAAAUAAGAAAGCAUCACAGCUGUGGACAGCAGCUAUGCAAAAGGGAGCACGGAUGCUGUAUGAAAGUAAGUCAUCAGAAACAACCUGAAACCAGCGGGACCAAGUUGGACUGGGUUGAGUGGGGAUCUAACCCACAUUACAUGUCUUCUGAGGAGAAUUUAUCAUUUGACCUAUUUUUACAGCAACAUGUCUAAUUUGGGAGACUCUGAUGGUCCGUUAUUUCUAAUUAACACUGUCUAUUGCGUGCUGGUGAAUUCUUUUAUAUCUCCUUUUAUAUAUUUAUGGAGACUCAAAUUGUAGAACGUCAUGAAGCUGUCUGUUGGCUGUUUUCCUGUGGAAAGUAGAUGAAUCCCAUGUAUUAUAAAUCAGUAUAUAUUUGAAAGUGUCAAUUGAUGAAUCUCAUUGGGUAAUUGAAUUUAAUUGCGCCAUUUCCAAAAAGAGGGCUGAUGUUUAGAAUUUUAUGUUGAUCUUAGAUUAAGAACAUAUGAUUACAUUGUAAACAUAUUUUGUUAAAAACAAUUGAAACAAAAAUAUAUUUUAAGGCAUGUGGUAAAAGUGGCAAUAUUUAACAAAAGAAUUUCAAGCUGUUAAUUAAGUGCUUAUUUGGAUGUCCUCACAAAAGUGUUUUAUUUAACUUUAAAACAUGUUCUCCACGAAAAGCCUGGAGGUUGUUGAGGUUAAUUUAACACCCAUUAAUAAGAGCAUUUACCAAUAAUUUGGAAUUGUUUCACCAGUGCUUGA